GGUCAGCCAAAAUUGAGCCCGACCCUUUGAGGAUUCUGUCAAUGGAACUUUUGCUACACCGUAUCUGAUCCGGAUUUUUCUAUGGUGCGAGGCUAAGUGCAGAACGUUUAGCAUUGAACAUAUACCUCAGCGUGACAGCCUUCACCUGCUUCUUACAGCAUAUCAGCCCCUUUACUGCCCACUCCCCCGACUGCUAGCGGUAGUGCUAGCAUACUUGAUCCUACACCAUGACCACUUUUCAUCCAUUUCCACGGCUUCCUCUGGAGCUCCGAGAGCAAAUCUGGAAAGACACCGUCGAACCGCGCACUGUCGAUGUCCGACGUUUUCGAGACCGGGGUAUAGCCAGUGUCGGAAGGUGGGGUCUAACCCUAACCCGUUCGUCUACGCCAGUGCCUGCCAUACUGCAGUCCUGCCGGGAAGCCCGAAACCUUGGGCUUUACGAGCGAGUCUUCAUGCCCACUGAGCCGACAGAAGGCGGGCCUCUCGACACCAAGGAGCGCUAUGUCUGGCUGAAUUUGGACAUUGAUAUGGUGGAUAUUGGGGCUUCUGAGUUCCGCUGGUACAAAUGGAUCGCAUCAGCAAUUAAGCGUCUCAAGUUUAGUCGAGAGAACAGUGAUGAAGUUUUCUACCGCACUGAAUCAAGUGAACUUGAGCAGUUUGUUAAUGUGGAAGAGAUUCACAUAGACUGCGCAGAUGGUUUCUGGAUGUGGGGUGAUGCUACAUAUGAUCAUCCCUGGCCCUGUGCUAAAGAAAAGCUGCUAUUCAUUGAUGCAUUCGAUGGUCGAGUUGCGCGUGGCUUGGAACUGGAAACCAUAUGUAGAGAGAUACUGAUGGCCAUGCGAAUAGAAGCUACUGGAAAAGCAUUUAACACUGACGACGAGUUCUCAGACUGAAUCAGGAGAGGGAAAAAGCAAGGUUUAGCAGCGCAUUUUUUUGCGAAUACGUAUAACAGUAGUAGUUGGGCAAUAAUGCUGAGGGUAGAAAAACAUCUAUUUUCUAUAUAUACACAGAGAAUAUAUGCAUGUCUAGGUGUACUUAGGGUAUCAAACUCCCCAGAGCGCCUGUGCAGUUGUAGCCUUAGUGU